UGUCAGAUGCAUUGUAGGGGGCGGUGUAGAAUCACUCCGAGUUCUAUGGAAUGCACUCCAAGCUCCCUGAAAUGAAUCUGCCCCUUACACGUUUGGAAAUUUGAGCCACUUUAGUUCAUGUUCCCUAUAUAAUGAUUACAAGGACAAUCAGUUCAUUCAAGCAAGAAGAAAGGGGGCAAUCCUGAGCAGGUAUGGCGCAUUCUUUGGGCAUUAAAAACACAUGCCUGCCUUCGAAGUCAUAUUUAUCAUCCCAUAAGACAUUUCAAUUUAUGCCACACUCAUCAUAUCUGUUAAACGUAAUCAAAUGUCGCAACUCGUCUCCUGUAUUUCCCGUAUUUAUGAACAAGCUGGAUGGUAAGAGAAGCUACAGCGUUUUGAAGAUAAAUUGCCUAUCGGGGUCUUCUUCAGCGGAGAUACAGGAUUCUAUCAAGACCGAAAUCUCCCAGAAUCCUGUUGUAAUCUACUCCAAAUCUUGGUGCCCGUAUUGCCAGGAAGCAAAAGGUUUGUUCCGAGGACUUGGUGUGAAGCCUUUUGUUGUAGAACUUGAUGAGUUAGGGACUGGAGAAUUCCAAGCACAAGAUGCACUAAAGGCACUAACGGGGCAAUCAACAGUACCAAAUAUCUUUAUUGGUGGAAAGCACAUUGGAGGUUGCAGUGAUACAUUGGAGUUGCACCAAAAUGGGGAACUCGCUUCCUUGCUCUCAGCAGCUGGGGUCAAUGUUUCUUAAUAGUGAGAUGAGAUGGAGAGUAAUGGGUUACGGUUCCUUGGAAAUUUAAUUUUAUUGAAUUCCUGUUAGACAGUAAAUCAGGGUUGUACUUGAGGUGUUUAUUGACUUAAAAAGUAAAUUUUAAACUGAGACUUUCACACAUGAAUUAGGAUCAGUAACUUUUUACUAGUGCUACCUUACCAAGAUGGUCAAGCUGCGUUUUGUAAAUCAGAAUUGCAGAAGUAAUACUGAUAAGCAAAUUCUAUGCAUCAAAUUCUCAA